CGAGUCUAGUCUCCUGAGCUCCCUCCAUCGUUCCACUGACCUUAUCGUCGCCGCUGAGCUGCCGCGUCGCCCGACACCGAUGGCCGCGCCUCCGCCCGCCGCGCCGCCGUCCCCCAUGUCCGCCGCCCUUCUCACCUUCCUCUCCUCCCACGCCUACCCUUCCCUCCCCGCGACCAAGGUCCCCGACCGCAGGACCCACCACCUCCACUUCGUCCCCCGCGUCGCCGCGGCCUCCACCGCCGCUCCCCACCGCGCCAACUCUUCCACCUCCACCGACCGCCUCCGCGCACUCGUCCGCCGCGGAAACCUCGAGGAGGCCCUCCGCCUCGUCGACUCCCUCGCGGGGCUCGACCCGCCCUCGCCCGCCGCGGCGGGGCCCUGCGCCGCGCUCAUCAAGAAGCUCUGCGCGUCGGGACGCACCGCGGACGCCCGCCGCGUGCUGGCCGCGUGCGAGCCUGACGUCAUGGCCUACAACGCCAUGGUGGCCGGGUACUGCGUCGCGGGGCAGCUCGACGCCGCGCGCAGGCUCGCGGCGGACAUGCCCGUGGAGCCCGACGCGUACACCUACAACACGCUAAUCCGGGGCCUCUGCGGCCGCGGGCGGACCGGCAACGCCCUCGCGGUGCUGGACGAUAUGCUCCGCCGUGGGUGCGUCCCCGACGUUGUCACCUACACCAUCCUGCUGGAGGCCACGUGCAAGAGGAGCGGCUACAAGCAGGCCAUGAAGCUCCUCGACGAGAUGCGCGCCAAGGGGUGCGCCCCGGACAUUGUCACCUACAACGUCAUCGUCAACGGUAUUUGCCAGGAAGGCCGGGUGGACGACGCCAUCCAGUUCUUGAAGAACUUACCCUCGUAUGGGUGCGAGCCAAACACUGUUAGCUACAACAUUGUGCUGAAGGGCUUGUUCACUGCAGAACGGUGGGAAGACGCCGAGGAGCUCAUGGCUGAGAUGGCCCAGAAGGGUUGCCCUCCGAACGUGGUAACGUUUAAUAUGCUCAUCAGUUUCUUGUGCCGUAGAGGAUUGGUUGAGCCCGCAAUGGAAGUUCUUGAGCAGAUCCCCAAGUACGGAUGCACGCCUAACUCAUUGAGUUACAAUCCGCUUCUUCAUGCGUUCUGCAAGCAAAAGAAGAUGGAUAAAGCGAUGGCAUUUGUGGAACUAAUGGUGUCCAGGGGCUGUUAUCCGGACAUUGUUUCAUACAACACUCUGCUUACUGCACUCUGCCGCAAUGGCGAAGUUGAUGUUGCUAUUGAAUUGCUUCAUCAACUCAAGGACAAAGGCUGUGCUCCGGUCUUGAUUAGUUACAACACAGUCAUCGAUGGCCUUACUAAGGCUGGUAAGACAAAGGAAGCACUAGAGCUGCUUAAUGAGAUGAUCAGCAAAGGGCUCCAGCCAGAUAUAAUUACUUAUUCAACAAUAGCUUCUGGUCUUUGUAGAGAAGAUAGAAUUGAAGAGGCGAUUAGAACAUUCUGUAAAGUGCAAGAUAUGGGCAUAAGGCCCAAUGCGGUGCUGUACAAUGCUAUUCUUCUUGGACUCUGCAAAAGGCGUGAAACACACAACGCUAUCGACCUGUUUAAUUACAUGAUAUCGAAUGGCUGCAUGCCGAAUGAAUCAACUUACACUAUACUGAUUGAAGGCUUGGCUUAUGAGGGCUUGUUAAAGGAAGCAAGAGAAUUGCUGGGUGAAUUGUGUUCUAGAGGAGUCGUGCAUAAAAAAUUGAUGAAGAAGGGAGCCGUUAAGAUGCUAGAUGGAGCUACACACACUUAGUGAUGAUCAAUUGGAGUACAUCGAUCUGAGAACAUGUGUUUGUCAUCUUCGGCAGGGGACUUUCUUGAUAGUACACAUGAUAUCUUAACUUAUGCCACUUUCUUAUUUACAUGUGAGUGCCUGUUGACAACUUUUCAGCAUGAAGUUUAUACCAUUAAAAUAACUAGAAAUUUUCAGGCUUAA